UUCUUCAAUAAAACCUCCCAAACCCACAACCUCCAGCCUCCCCGAGAAGGACAAGGGCAGCAGGAGCAUGGGAACAGCAUCACCUCCGAGCUCCCCUCCCAGUCUCACACACACCGCCUCAACUUGGAGAUAUACCGGCCAUUCCUUCAUCGUCACUGGGUCAAAAUCCUGGAACUGUCUCCCUAACGGCUUCGUGGGAGCCCCUUCACCACACGGGGCUGAAACGGUUGAAGAAGGCGGCUCAUCACCACCUUCUCAAGGGGCGUCUCAGGAUGGACAAUAAAUGUCGGCUUCGUCAAAGACACACACAUCUCAAAAAUUAAUCUAUCAUUGUAAAGAUGAAACAACUGAUUCCUUCCCCUGCUUUUACCUCCAGUGGAUUGUGCUCCAUAAGGAAGACUCUUUUUAUCUGAACAUGUCCUUAUGCUGACUAACAAUGAGCUACCAGGAGGGUCUGGGUGGAUACAAUGGGCAUUGGGUUGACUUCCACUCCCAUCAGGCACCAGUUCCCUGCUGGAUGUCAACCCAAUAUCAAAGAGACUGGAAUUCUCACAUCUGCUCACCAGGGUAGAGGCAACAAGUUGGGAUUGUAAUAAAAAGUACCUGGUUAAAAUACCACAGCCGUGAAGAUGUUCAUUGUGCCUCGGACACUGAACCAAGACCAACAGCAACUAGAUGGAUUGAUCAAUGUGUGCUGGGUACUGCAGUAAACUCAAUCACAACAAUGAGGAAGGUCCAGUUUAUCCUUAAGUGUGGAAGUCAUUGAAAGUCUUGUGUGUUGAGGCCGCACAGACAGUAAAACAUGUUUCCAAUCAUAGCGACACGAGGAGAGUAUCCCAACCAGCAGUUCAACAUAUCUCAGACUGGUGACUCGACUGUCCCAGUUUCUGGGUUCUUUGGGGAGCAGGUUGUGCUGCCCUGUACCUACAAAGGGACUGCCCCAGUCUCUGAUUUACUGGUAAUCUGGGAUACAGCCAAGAGUGAAAAUUUACACAAGUUCAUCGUUGGGGACAACGAUUUGACAGAACAAGACCCACGAUUCAGAAACAGAACAAACCUGUUCAAAGAUCAACUGGAACAAGGCAACUGGUCAGUUCUGAUCUCUGACCUCAGGGAGUCAGACCAGAACCAGUAUCAGUGUCACAUUUACAAAAGGAUAGCUGUGGGUUAUAAAUGGGAGCAAACUGAUAUCAUCCAUCUUUCUGUGACAGAGCGAGAUCAUACACAUCUGUACCAAGUACACCUGCACCAGGUCUGUACUUUGUCCAGGAGCACAGCCUGGAUUUGGAUUUGGAGUUGCUGUUGGUUUUUUUGCUGGAGUUUUGCUUUCUGGAAUUGUGGUUUGUGUAUUCCAAAGGCGACAAAAAUGGGACACAACUUACAGAAACUACUCCUGUUGCUGCUCAGUGUUGUUGCUGCUGUUUCAGGUGACUGGUCAGUUUCUGGGUUCCUUGGAGAGCAGAUUGUGCUGCCCAGUACCUACAAAGGGAAUGUCCCAGUCUCAGAUUUACAGGUGAUUUGGGGAAUAUCAAGAUCUGAAAUUUUACACAAGUUUGUCGAUGGCAAUGAUGAUUUGACAGAACAAGACCCACGGUUCAGAAACAGAACAAAACUGUUCAAAGAUCAAUUGGAGCAAGGCAACUGGUCAAUUCUGAUCUCUGACCUCAGGAAGUCUGACAAGAAAAUGUAUGAGUGUCAGAUUUACAAGAAGAAAGAGGAGGUCCAUUAUUUAGUGAAAUCUGAUGUCGUCCAUCUCUUUGUGUUGGAGCGACCUGAAACACCUGUACCGACCAUGUCUGUACCAGGAGUACGGUCUGGAUUUGGAUUUGGAAUUGGAGUUGGAGUUGCUGUUAGUUUUUUUGCUGGAGUUUUGCUUUCUAGAAUUGUGUUUUGUGUAUUCCAAAGGCGACCAAAAUGGAAUUGUGUUCAAAAUCGACACUCCAACAAUCGAAAUGAAGGACCUAAUGAUGUCCCUUUGACAGGGGUGAGCUGUCCAGGUGAAGCAUGGGGCCUUGUGACAACAGCACCUGAGCAUCAGGAUGGAGUGGCUGGAGAAGAAAACCUUCUGGGGAACGGGACUCUCCAGCACUAACUGAGUUUCCCCUGCACUGAGCCUGUGUCAGGGAGGGGACAAUCAGGCCAGUAUUGUGGUUAUCCAGUGAUUCCUGGUGGAAUGUCUGAGCUCAGGAUUGGGAUUAACAAUCACUUCCCACUUUGCACAAACCGUCCUGAUCAGCACAAUCUCAGGAGGGAUUCAGAUUCUAGAUGGUUCACAGAUUGAAACUGUUUCUUGCCUGAACUUAUAUAGAUACAUUCGGUAUAUUUUAAUUUUGUCUUUUUUAUAUGCAGUUUUUUGUGGCAAACAGUGAGUGGUCAUAUUUUACAAGGGAUGUAUAAAAUUGCUAAUGUAAAUAUUUUCUGAAUGUGUCUAUACGUUUCUGUCAGGUUUAUUUUUUACUUUUCUACAUGUUGUUGUUGAUCCAAAGUCUAAUUAAAGAUAAACUGCUGCUGAAA